AGAGGGUGCGCACUUGGUUCUCGUUCAGCUGCUUGCAUUCGUUCAGCUGCUCCACCCACUGGUCCAGCUCCUUCGUGAAUAUCUUGUCCUCCAUGAUGGCGGCGACGGCGGCAGCGGCGGCGGCAGCGGCGGCGGCGGCGGCGGCGGCCCCCCACCCAAACCUCCGGGCCCUCCAGAGCCAGGCGCCCCAACAAAUUCCUAGAGGACCUGUGCAGCAGCCUCUGGAAGAUCGAAUCUUCACUCCUACGGUCUCGGCAGUUUACAGCACUGUAACACAAGUAGCAAGACAACCUGGACCUCCCACCCCUUCCCCUUAUUCAGCACAUGAAAUAAACAAGGGACAUCCAAAUCUUGCGGCAACUCCACCAGGACAUGCAUCGUCCCCUGGACUCUCACAGACCCCUUAUCCCUCUGGACAGAAUGCAGCUCCAACCACGCUGGUGUAUCCCCAAGCCCCUCAAACAAUGAACUCACAGCCUCAAACUCGCUCUCCGGGAGGAUUCAGACCUAUCCAGUUUUUUCAGAGGCCUCAAAUACAGCCUCCUAGAGCUACCAUCCAGAACAGCAGCCCUUCCAUCCGUCCUGGUGCCCAAACACCAACUGCAGUGUAUCAAACCAAUCAACACAUCAUGAUGGUUAACCAUCUGCCAAUGCCGUAUCCAAUGCCCCAGGGCCCUCAGUACUGUAUACCACAGUACCGGCAUAGUGGCCCUCCAUAUGUUGGGCCUCCUCAGCAGUAUCCUGUUCAGCCUCCAGGGCCAGGCCCCUUUUAUCCUGGACCAGGGCCUGGAGAAUUCCCCAAUGCCUAUGGGACACCAUUCUAUCCAAGUCAGCCAGUCUAUCAGUCAGCACCCAUCAUAGUGCCUACACAGCAGCAGCCUCCUCCAGCCAAGAGAGAGAAAAAAACGAUACGGAUCCGGGAUCCAAACCAAGGGGGUAAGGACAUAACAGAGGAGAUCAUGUCUGGAGGUGGCAGCAGAAACCCUACCCCUCCCAUAGGGAGACCCACAUCAACACCCACUCCUCCUCAGCUGUCCAGCCAGGUCCCCGAGCACAGCCCCGUGGUUUAUGGGACUGUGGAGAACACUCAUCUUGCUGCCGGCACCCCUGUCACUGCGCCUAGCGACCCGAAGCAAGAAGAGAAGCCAAAACCAGAUCCAGUAUUGAAGUCUCCUUCCCCAGUCCUUAGCCUAGAGCCUAGUGGGGAAAAGAAGGAACAAGCUGGUCCAAUACCUGAGACAACUCCAGUGGAAUCCAUACCAGAGCUUCCUCCUCUUUCUCUGUCACCUACUACUGUGGCUCCAGUUGCUCUCAGCACCAUUCCUCCCCCACCUGCCGCUGUCCCUCUGUGUAACCUGCCUGCCUUCACAGCAGAUGGAGAUGAUCGAUGUGAACUUGCUUCCCCAAAAGAGGAUGCCAUACCUUUACCCAGUCCCAUACCUUGCACAGAAAUGUCCAACCCAUCACCACCACGCGACAUAGAAGAUGACAUAUGCAAGGAUCCCUGUAGUGUAGCACCUAAUGAUAUUCCAGUGAUUGCUACUACAAACCUCAUUAAUGAAAUGAAUGGAGUUAGUGAAAAAUUGACAGCUACAGAGAGUAUUGUAGAAAUUGUCAAACAGGAGAUGUUGCCUUUGACUGUUGAUCUAGAAGUUCUGGAAAAUUCCCCAGAAGAUAUAAAAAUGGAAAGCAUAUCAACUCCCAUCACCCUUUCCACCGUUCUUUCUCUUUCUCCAUCUCCUCCUCCUCCUCCUCCUCCACCACCUCCUCCUCCUCCACCUCCUCCUCCUCCAACAUCACCCCCUCCAACUCCUGCUGCUGUUCCUGCUGCUCUCACUACAACUAGUGCUCCUAAUGUUCCUGCUGCUGUUCCUGGAGUUUUAGAAGAAGAUGAAAACAUAAGAACUGCACUUAGUGAUGAUACAAAAGAUAUCCAACCAAAAGCUGAGGUGGAAGCGGAUGGGCAAACAGAAGAAAUUGUGGAUUCUCAGAACCUAAAUUCAAGAAAGAGCCCUGUCCCAGCCCAAACAGCUGUAACAGCACCAAAGAUGUGGAAGAAACCAAAAGAUCGGACCCGAACCACUGAAGAGACAUUAGAGGCAGAAUCAGAGCCUAAAGUUGAAGAGGAGCUUUCAGGUGACAAAGUACUUGAAUCUGAACAGGAUAAAAUGAGCCAAGGGUUUCACCCUGAGCGAGACCCCUCUGACCUUAAAAAGUCAAAAGCUUUGGAAGAAAACGGAGAGCAGGAAAGUGAGCCCGUGCGUAAUGGCGCUGAGAGUGCUUCUGAGGGUGAAGGAGUCGAUGCAAACUCAGGCUCCCCUGACAGUUCUGGCGACGGGGUGGCCUUCCCUUUGAAGCCAGAACCCUGGAAGCCUGCUGAUACUGAAGGGAAGAAGCAGUAUGACAGGGAGUUCCUUCUUGACUUUCAGUUCAUGCCAGCCUGUAUACAGAAGCCAGAGGGCCUGCCUCCAAUCAGUGAUGUGGUUCUUGACAAGAUCAAUCAACCCAAAUUGCCCAUGCGAACUCUGGACCCUCGGAUGUUGCCACGAGGACCAGACUUUACUCCAGCCUUUGCAGACUUUGGGAGGCAGACGUCUGGUGGAAGAGGUGUACCUUUGUUGAACGUUGGCCCAAGAAGAUCUCAGCCGGGUCAGAGAAGAGAGCCCAGGAAGAUCAUCACUGUUUCUGUGAAGGAAGACGUCCAUCUCAAAAAGGCAGAGAAUGCCUGGAAGCCCAGCCAGAAACGAGACAGCCAAGCUGAGGACCCUGAAAACAUAAAAACCCAGGAGCUUUUCCGAAAGGUUCGGAGUAUCUUAAAUAAACUGACACCACAGAUGUUCAACCAGCUGAUGAAGCAAGUGGCUGAGCUUACUGUUGACACAGAAGAGCGGCUGAAAGGAGUCAUUGACCUGGUCUUUGAGAAGGCUAUUGAUGAACCCAGCUUCUCUGUGGCUUAUGCAAAUAUGUGUCGAUGUCUAGUAACGCUAAAAGUGCCCAUGGCCGACAAGCCUGGGAACACAGUGAACUUCAGAAAGCUGCUCCUGAACCGCUGCCAGAAAGAGUUUGAAAAAGAUAAAGCAGAUGAUGAUGUCUUUGAAAAGAAGCAGAAGGAACUUGAGGCAGCCACCGCACCAGAGGAGAAGACAAGACUUCAUGAUGAACUAGAAGAAGCCAAGGACAAAGCCCGGCGAAGAUCCAUUGGCAACAUCAAGUUCAUUGGGGAGCUUUUUAAACUCAAAAUGCUAACAGAGGCCAUCAUGCAUGACUGUGUGGUGAAACUGCUGAAAAACCAUGAUGAGGAGUCUCUAGAGUGCCUCUGCCGCCUGCUCACAACAAUUGGCAAAGACUUAGACUUUGAGAAAGCAAAGCCUCGUAUGGACCAGUAUUUUAAUCAAAUGGAAAAAAUCGUGAAAGAGAGAAAAACAUCAUCCAGGAUCCGCUUCAUGCUUCAGGAUGUAAUUGACCUAAGACUGUGCAAUUGGGUGUCCCGAAGAGCAGAUCAAGGACCUAAAACUAUUGAACAGAUUCAUAAAGAGGCCAAAAUCGAAGAGCAAGAAGAACAAAGAAAGGUCCAGCAGCUCAUGACCAAAGAGAAGAGAAGACCGGGUGUUCAAAGAGUGGAUGAAGGUGGGUGGAAUACUGUGCAGGGGGCCAAGAACAGCCGUGUGCUAGACCCCUCCAAAUUCCUCAAAAUCACUAAGCCCACAAUAGAUGAGAAGAUUCAACUUGUGCCUAAAGCCCAGUUGGGCAGCUGGGGGAAAGGCAGCAGCGGGGGAGCAAAAGCAAGCGAGACAGACUCCUUACGAUCAGGCGCCACUAGUUUGAACAGAUUUUCUGCUCUGCAACCUCCCGUGUCAUCUGUGUCUGCUUCAUCUACCCCUCUGGAGUUUGACUCCCGCAGGGCCUUAACUAGUCGAGGAAGCAUGGGCAGGGAGAAGAAUGACAAACCUCUUCCAUCUUCAACGCCUCGUCCAAACACCUUCCUUCGCGGUAGCAGCAGCAAAGAUCUGUUAGACAAUCAGUCUCAGGAAGAACAACGACGAGAGAUGCUUGAGACUGUGAAACAGCUAACAGGGGGCAUGGAUAUGGACAGGAGCAGUGCAGAGGCAGACCGAAGCAAGGCAAGGGAGACAGCUAAACCAGAUGUUUCCACAACUCCAGUUCCUGAAAAGCCUACGUUGUCAGAGGAGGAAAUGGAGAGAAAGUCUAAAUCUAUUAUUGAUGAAUUCCUACACAUUAAUGAUUUUAAGGAAGCCAUGCAGUGUGUAGAGGAACUAAAUGCACAGAACCUGUUGCCUAUUUUUGUGCGAGUGGGAGUGGAGUCCACCCUGGAAAGGAGUCAGAUCACUAGGGAUCACAUGGGCCAGUUACUACACCAGCUGGUGCAAUCGGAAAAACUCAGCAAACAGGACUUCUUCAAAGGGUUUUCAGAUACCUUGGAGUUGGCAGAUGACAUGGCCAUUGAUAUUCCCCAUAUUUGGUUGUACCUUGCUGAGCUGGUGACCCCCAUGUUAAAAGAAGGAGGAAUCUCUAUGAGAGAACUUAUCACAGAAUUUAGCAAACCUUUACUUCCUGUGGGAAGAGCCGGGGUCUUGCUUUCUGAAAUAUUGCACCUUCUAUGCAAACAAAUGAGCCAUAAGAAAGUGGGAGCCUUAUGGAGGGAGGCCGGCCUCAGUUGGAAGGACUAUUUGCCAGAAGGGGAAGAUGUACAUAACUUUCUCCUGGAGCAGAAGUUGGACUUUAUAGAGUCUGACUGUUCCAGUUCCUCAGAAGCACUUUCAAAGAAAGAACUCUCUGCUGAAGAGCUGUACAAACGGCUUGAGAAACUCAUUAUUGAGGACAAGGCGAAUGAUGAACAGAUCUUUGACUGGGUAGAGGCUAAUCUAGAUGAAAGCCAGAUGAGUUCACCGACAUUCCUUAGAGCUUUAAUGACAGCAGUUUGUAAAGCAGCUAUUAUAGCGGACUGUUCUACCUUCCGAGUGGAUACUGCUGUGAUCAAGCAGAGAGUGCCGAUCUUACUCAAGUACCUAGACUCAGAUACGGAGAAGGAACUACAAGCACUUUAUGCACUACAAGCAUCCAUCGUCAAACUUGAUCAACCUGCCAAUUUGUUGCGGAUGUUUUUUGAUUGUCUCUAUGAUGAGGAGGUGAUCUCGGAAGACGCCUUCUACAAGUGGGAGAGCAGCAAGGACCCUGCUGAGCAGAGCGGGAAAGGCGUGGCGCUGAAGUCGGUCACAGCCUUCUUCACGUGGCUGCGGGAAGCUGAAGAGGAGUCCGAGGAUAACUAAAACUUCAAAUAUACAAAACGAAACAAAAGAAACAAUUUAAGUAUUUUUUUAAAAAGUUUCACGUCUUCGCCAAUCACAGUGCAGCAAGGCCAAUUCUCGAGCAGAAACCCCCACGUGUGCACGAGUGGGAGAGGGGAGAGAGAAACAAAAAGGUGAUCAUGGAGGAAAAAGGUACUGGAAAAAGUAAACGGCAGACCUGAGGGCGGGAGCACUAAACCAAAAUACAUGUAUUAUUUGUAGAAACUAUUUUCUGUUUUAAGCUUUUCUUUUCUUUUGAAACAAGGACUCAGACUUUAAAGGAAACACAGAUCUGUUUAGCAAAAAAAAAAAAGUUGAGAACUUUAAUUUAUUUUAAGGACUGCAAAUGCCAGUGUAAUUUUUUAAUUUGCAGUUUCUGUAAACAAAUUGUAUAAUAGAAAAGCAGAGAAAUAAAUUUCCCUCCCCUUCAGAUGCACCUCACUUUUGUUUCAAAGCAUAGUAGAUAGUCCAGACUUAAGAGGUUUGGGGUGAGCUAGGGAAGAGAGAUCAUUUUUUGUUGUUUUUUGGCAUCAAAUCUUUCUGCCUGCCUCUCAGCUUGCUUCAGAAAUUAAAAAUCAAAAUAGUAAUCAAAACAUACAUAAACCUGGAACAGAGAAAAUGCUGUGGACCAGAGAGCUCC